AUGAAUAAGAGCAUGCCAUUAUUAUUCUCAAUAAGUUAAUUUAAGUAAUAACUUUGGAAAUCAUUUAAAGAGGGCAAAUUUACAGAAUAUUCUGAGAUCGAAUAAGCAAUUAGAAAAUUAUAGAAAUUGCGAGAUGCAGUGAUUCUUUAGUUCGACGUAUAUUAACCAAUUUUUAUCAUAAUGGUAGAGCCUACAAUGUUUAAUUUUUAAAGUUUAAUGCUUUGAAAAAUCUACUUUUAUUUAAUAAUUUAAGAAAGUAUUUUGAAAUGGAAAAAGGUAAAUAAUGAAAUUUAAUAUUAUUUAAUAGAGUGUAAGGAAAUCUUAUCGUUUGAAGAAUACAUUUGAAAUAAUAAACAUCAAUUUUUUUAAGAGAGAAGCCAUUUCUUUAAAAGUUUGUAUAGCAAUAUUCUAAAAUUUUUUGGAUUUGGUCAUUUCUAGCAUCCAUUAAAUUCAUUUAUAGAUUAUACUAAAGGAAAUAUUAAUUCAUUAUUGCCUGCUUGGUUAGAGCCAGUUCAUGAUGAAAUGAUGUAAAAUUAUAUUAGAAGAGGAGUAACAGCAAGAAUUGGUAAGUAUUUUUAGACAUUUGCUAAACUUUAUGAUAAAACACUAAUAAAAUGUCAAGUCUAUUAAGCUUAUAAUUUUAGUUAAGAACUAGAAGAUGAUUUUAUAAUGAUUGGAUGCUUAAAAUCUUUAGAAGAAGAAUAACCGAAGUUUAUUGGUGAAGAUGGUAAACGAUUGAAAAAUGUGGCAUUUAAAGGGUAUUAACAUAUAUUAUUUGAUGUAAAUGGAAAUAUUAUGAGAAUAACUAGAGGUCUAUAUAUGAUGAUUGAAAAAAUGUAGAGAUUAGUAGUUAAUAGAGGGACAUAUCAUGAAGCAGAUGAGUUUAAAUAAAGUAAUAAAAUAUCAAGGUCUGAUAAUUCUUCUUAAGAAUCUGAGAGGUAAUUUAAUUUAUAUGAUUAGUUAUAAUGUAUUUGAUUAAAAAUGGUCAAAUGUUAUAUUAUCAAUUGAUGAAUUUUAUAGUAAAGUUUCAAUUUGGAUGAUUUUACCAUUUCUUUCUAGAGAAAUAGAAUCAACUGGAAUAGAGUUUUUGAUGAAUAGAUAAGUAACUCCAAAAAUCGUUAUUAAAAUCUGA